AUCUCUGCUGCUUCCCUAUAUAUUUAUCACAUUUACACACAGCGAAAAAUCUACUCAAUAAGUUUAAAAAGAUAUAAAAUAAUAAAUGCUCUACCAACCUUGAUCAAAACAGUUGUGGUAUAAUCCCUGUAACAAGUGCAGCUGUAAUAUCAACCGCUGACACAAACAGUUAAUUCAUUAUAUUUACUGAUUUUAAGCACAACAUAUACAAUAAUAUUAAGAAAUGGGUAGAAGAAUAACUAUAAAUGAAUAACCAGGUGUAGUAAAUAAAGCACACAAUGUGAACAUGGCCAUCAAAAUAGAGGGAUGAUGGAAGCUGAUGGGUUCCAGGUUGUGAGCAAAAAGAAAGCUGCAAGAAAAAAACAUCUUAAAAAGCCACAAGUUAAUCUUAACCUACCUCAAGAUAAUGUAGACGAAUGUGUAAGGAAAAUACUUGAUGCAAAAGAUGUACUUCAGUCAAGUGGAGGAUAUAAUAAUUUUGAACAUAACUUGAAUAAUAUAACAAGACUUACACAGACUCAAGGAGGAGAGAGCUACAAAAUUUCUUCACUUGUUUGCUAUGGUUUAGGUUUGCCGUCAUCUAGCAGAAUUGCCAAGUACCAAACAGCUUUGCUGCUCAUUCUAAGAAAUUAUUUCAAUGUUGAGGCUGAAUUAUAUGACCCAUUAUUUACAAGUGUGGAUACCAGAGUGUUGCAAAAAUUCAACUUUCAUGUUUUAUCAAAUAAUGAAGAGGGUAAGAGGAGUGUGAAAGGAGUAACUCUAUUUUUUAUGCCACACUGUGGAAAGGAACUUUAUAAUAAUCUCCUUUGGGCAAACUGGAAUCCAGUAUCACUACCAUUGUGUAUCAUUAUUGGCAACAGUUUUAGUUCUAUGGUACAAAAUACACUAUCGCGUAUACUGAAACAACAAUAUAAAUUUAUAUAUCUAGCUGAAAGUUUGUUUAAGGAAUAUCCUUUAGAAGCCUUAGUUGGUUAUGAUGACAUAUUUAAUGAUAUGAGCCUUCACAUCAUACCUGAAGACCUCACAGACAAACAAAAUGACAACUUGUGGUGUGACAAAGAUGAACCAAAAUAUGUUGAGUGUGGUGUUGAAAUUGUCCUGGUAAAGGCUGAAACAAGUGAGAGCAAAAUACGUACUUGCACUCAAGUGAUUGUUUGUAAAAGCGACAAGAAAUUUAAUGAACUGAAAAUUUAGAGAACAUGAGUUUUCCAGUGAAAAGAUGGUUAUGUUUUUUAUUUGUUUCCAGUGCCUUUAAUUUCUAUUUUUGUUCAGCUCAUUGUAAUAAAGGUUUCUUUAAAUUGGGGCAAGCAGCAACAUGUCACCCAUGGCUAACAUGUGAAGAUAUGACUCAUUUAGAAAUUGGUGAUCUCAUUGGGUAUGGAGCAGUGAAGCAGGUAUAUCAAACUACCUGGCACAAUACUACAGUAGCUGUAGUCUAUGUUAACAACAGAGAUUAUAUAAAUGAUUUUUUACAUGGAUUAGAAAUGUUGAAGGCACUUGGACCAAACAAAUACAUUGUUCAAUUGAUUGGCUUCUGCCUGAAAGAUAAAGUUUAUUUGAUUGAGUAUCAUCCUUUAGGUAACAGUGUGCAUGUUGAUGAAAUAUUUAUUAAGAAUAAUAUUUAUGACAUAAAGAAAAGGUUUAACCUGUGUGUUGAUUAUGUGAGAAUUCUUGAAUUUUUGCAUAAUAGUCCUGGAGGAAAACGUGUGAUGUGUGAUUCAAAUUCAUUAAACAAGACUCUUGAACAGUACCUAAUAACUUCAUCUCUAAGUCUUAUUUUGAAUGAUGUUGAUGCAUUGCCAGAGGUAGGACAUGAGGGCAUCAUCUGCGGUCACAGAGAACUUCAGGGUAGUUUUAUAGCUCCAGAACAGAAGUGGCCUUAUCCUACACACAGCUACCAGGAGGACAGAAUGCCACCAUAUGAUGAAAAGGUUGACAUCUGGAAAAUUCCUCCUGUUUGUAACUAUUUCCUAGGAAAGAGUGAGGCUGCUAAGGUUUUCAGAUACCACUUACAUCCCAUCCACAGAAAGUGUCGAGAAAAGUACGCUGUACAUCGACCAAGCGCCAGAGAAGUGUUAAAUUUUUAUGAAAAGUUACUACAGGAAUAUUUUGUGGAUAAAUUUACACUUACAAGAGAGGAGCUUUAAUGUCAUUUCUUGGCAUUUAGGUGUAAAAAUAGUAAACAUUCUAGUUAAGUAAAA